ACAAAUAAAAAAUUCGUAAAAAUUCUUUCCCUUUCUCCCUGUUUUCUUCGCAGGAAGCAGGGGCAUAGGGGGAGGCAAUCUCCAUCUCCUCUCUGAGAGCAGGAGAAAAACCCCUGCGAUCGAGAGAGGAAGCGAUGGAGAUCGAGAGGAAUGUUUGAGGAGAUCUCAAUCGGAGCAAGGCCAAGGAAGGGAACGGCAGCGGAGGAAAGGAGUCACCUUGUCCCUCCCUCUUCUUGCUGGGUCCUUCCGUGAUCUCGGCGAAGAGAAAUAGAAGGGGCCUCCUUUACUUCUGGAUUUCUAGGGUGUUGUUCGAUCUGGGUUCUAUCGGGUGAGGGGAUGGAUCCCGGUCUUCUGGAUGAUAUCAUAAGGCGGCUGCUGGAAGCGAGGGGGAUUCGUCCAGGGAAGCAGGUACAGCUCUCGGAGGCGGAGAUUCGGCAGCUCUGCGUCGUGUCAAGGGAGAUCUUCUUGCAGCAGCCCAAUCUUCUUGAGCUCGAGGCGCCCAUCAAGAUUUGCGGUGAUAUUCAUGGCCAGUAUUCUGAUCUUCUAAGGCUUUUUGAAUAUGGCGGAUUUCCACCUGAAGCCAACUACCUGUUCUUAGGGGAUUAUGUGGAUCGAGGAAAGCAAAGUCUUGAGACAAUAUGCCUCCUUUUGGCAUAUAAAAUUAAAUACCCUGAGAACUUUUUCCUGUUGAGGGGGAAUCAUGAAUGUGCGUCUAUAAACCGUAUAUAUGGGUUUUAUGAUGAAUGCAAGCGCAGAUUCAAUGUAAGGCUGUGGAAAGUCUUCACAGAUUGUUUUAACUGCCUGCCUGUUGCAGCUCUCAUUGAUGAAAAAAUUCUUUGCAUGCAUGGGGGUCUUUCUCCAGACUUGACUAAUUUGGAUCAAAUAAGAAACUUGGCACGCCCUACUGAUGUCCCAGACACUGGUUUGCUAUGUGAUCUUCUUUGGUCAGACCCAAGUAAGGAUAUUCAGGGAUGGGGUAUGAAUGACAGAGGGGUUUCAUACACCUUUGGCCCUGAUAAGGUGACUGAGUUCCUUCAAAAACAUGAUCUCGACCUCAUCUGUCGUGCUCAUCAGGUGGUGGAAGAUGGAUAUGAAUUCUUUGCUAACAGGCAACUUGUGACAAUAUUCUCAGCACCGAACUACUGUGGGGAAUUUGACAAUGCUGGUGCCAUGAUGAGUGUGGAUGAUACCCUGAUGUGUUCUUUCCAAAUAUUAAAGCCUGCAGAGAAGAAGACAAAGUUCAACUUUGGAAGCACAACUACGGCAAAAACUGGAACACCUCCACCUGGAGUCAAGUCUUUUCUUGGUGCAAAGGCAUGAGAGUGGGUGACAUGGUGGUUUCACUGCAAUCUGUUAUCAAGAACUGACCCAGGGCUCUUUCAAGGAAAUCUGAGUCUGACAUUCUGCUAGUGUUGCUGAGUUUUGUUCCUGAAACAGGAUAGCUGGCAUGCAACACGCCUUGAUCUCUAUGUACAUUAUUUGUGGGAUUAGCUUGUGUUAAUUGUAUCAUCUUCAGUUUCACUUUAAAGAGACAUGUUUUAUCCUGGGAUUUCUCCCAUUCUUUGAAUACCAAGUCUGUUGAAGAUAUUAGGACACUAAUAUGUAGAGUUUUGAAUAAUGUAAUAAGUGAAAUUGUUUUGUAGACUUCAGUAAAUUAAGACUUUAUGAGGACAGCCCAGGGAGCGUCUAUCUUCUAACA